AUGCAUACCAGCGAAUACGACUACCUCUUCAAGCUCCUCCUCAUCGGAGACUCCGGUGUCGGCAAAUCCUGCUUGCUGCUGCGUUUCGCAGACGAUACCUACACCGAGAGCUAUAUCUCUACGAUCGGUGUCGACUUCAAGAUUCGCACGAUUGAGCUCGAGGGCAAGACCGUGAAGCUCCAGAUUUGGGACACCGCAGGCCAGGAGCGCUUCCGCACCAUCACCUCUUCCUACUACCGUGGUGCUCACGGCAUCAUCGUUGUUUACGACGUCACGGAUAACGACACUUUCACGAAUGUCAAGCAGUGGCUCCAGGAGAUUGACCGUUACGCAUCCGAGGGUGUCAACAAGCUCCUUGUCGGUAACAAGAGCGAUCUUACUAGCAAGAAGGUCGUGGAGUACAGCGUCGCGAAGGAAUUCGCGGACCAGCUCUCCAUCCCCUUCCUCGAGACGUCGGCGAAGAACGCGACGAACGUCGAGCAGGCUUUCUUGACCAUGGCGAAGCAGAUCAAGGACCGUAUGGGCUCGACCCCGACGGCAGCGGGCACCGGCAAGUCCACAACCGUCGCACCCGGCCAGAGUGUGCAGCCACAGCAGGCCGGCGGAUGCUGCUAG